GAAGAGACUGGACAGCCAUUUGUCUGAAAUGGGAUAAAGUUUCCUGUCUGAGCAGGGGGUUGGACUAGAGGACCUCCAAGGCCCCUUCCAACUCUGUUAUUUUGUUAUCCUGUUAUUCAAGGUUUUAUGAGUGGGUGCUUAGUGGUCUCUGAGCCAGAUGGGUGACUUUCAGUUGUUUCAUUCCCCAACUCACCAGUGCCAAGGAGCCUGUGGUUUGCACCCUAGCACUAAUAAUAAUAAUAAUUAACAAUUGUCAAUAAGAAAGACAAGAACGCCUGGAUAGCGGACCUAGGGACAGCAGAAGAACAAGACCUGUCAAAAAAAAUCACAAAAUGCAAAGACCUGCAAAUAGAGGUAGAACAGGGGUGUCAAACUUGCAACGGUCGCGGUUUCGCUAGAAUGCAUCCAGCCCGCGGGCCACCCCUGAUGUAGAACAACUGUGGCAAAAGAAAGCAAAGAUUGUACCAAUACAAAAGGUGCUUUGCCUGCAAUCCCAAAACAUCAGGCGCACCGCUUGAACCUCGUCGGCAUUGACCGAGUCGCUGUCCGUCAAUUGCAAAAGGCAGCUUUAGCAAGACCUUCAAGACCAUAAGACAACAUCUGCCUCGCCCGGGUCCUUGGGAAGGACUCGAAAAGUGAACAACAAUGCCCAACCCAGUCGAAACGUAGAGUAACCUCCAAGUAAAAACUGCCUUCGGUAACGGACUGGUGCCGAUUUUGCCAAUGCCAGCGAUGCUCAAAUUUCCGUCAAUAGAAACCUUCGCCCAGGUGGCUGAAGCUGGGGUCUCCAGCCCUCCAUUCAUGACGCUCUGCUCCUGGCUGGUUUCAGAGCUCCGAAGUCUUUGUAAGCUGGAGGAGGACGUUAGCCCCGUGCAGGGACCUGAGGAUGCCGAGACAUUUCAGAUUGAAAUCAGCGGCCUUCUCGGAGAGCUGCACUGCCCAUAUCCUUCGCUGACCACAGGGGAUCUAAUGGCGAGGCUCAGCGCCCGAGACAGCCGCCUGCAGCUUCUGUAUUUUUUGAGCUCGGAGCUCCUGGCUGCCCGGCUCCAGGCCAGGAAAACGGUCCAGUCAGCAAAGCAGGUCGACAAAAAUAGCGCAGCCUUGCGAGAACUCCAUCAGAUCUGCCAAGCCCUGGGGAUGCCUGAGCCAGACCCGGCGUCCUCCGUGGCUCAGGUUAUGGAGGAUAUUGGAUCCCAGGUUUCAGAGGCACUUGCCGUGCAGACGCUGCAGUCCCAGUGGCCACCACCGCUCCUGAAGGCCCCUUUGACCUCUGAGCAAUGGGAAGCGCUGGAGGAGAUUAACCAAGUGCUGGGGGCUGAAUACCGGUGCCGAAGACACAUGAUGCUCACCCGUUUCGACGUCACCGUGGCCUCCUUCCAUUGGUCUGAGAGGGCCAAGAACCGAAGCACAGCCAUGUCCAAAGCCUUCCAGCCCUUGCGGCAGUCUUUGCCGGAAGACGCCCAGCUCGGCCUUGCCCACCUGCUGGCUGCCCGGGAGGACUUUUCUCGCAUCGUCAAGACCAGCAGCGGUGCCUUGCGGAGCAAAACCAGUUGUGCUGUCAAUAAGGUGUUGAUGACCGGCAGCGUCCCAGACCGGGGAGGACGUCCGAACGAAAUUGAGCCCCCCAUGCCCACCUGGGAGAAGAGGAGAGACGGAGGUGGUGGUGGUGGUGGAGGCGGCCAGCGCUGGGCUAAACGGGGCAAGAAAAAGAAGAAAUAAGGAAGAGGGUAUUAAACCGGCUGCUGUGGGUUGGCCUGGCCAGAAAAUGAAACGAAAGAAGCCACAGAUUCUCGCUGAAAGCGUCAAAUCCUCAGUCUUGCCUUUCUCCAGCAUGGAGCCAAGGCAGCUUUAACUAAAGGUGGGGUUCUUUAAGCCAGCUCCCAUAAUCCAAAGACUGUGCUGACUUUAGGAGAAGCGUAAUUCUCCUAAGCGAUGGGGAAGGUUGGGGACGAGAGGCCGCGUGCCAUAUCGACUGGGUUGAUUUAAAGGUUUGGAAGCUGCUAAGCAUUUGUGGGCUGCUUGAAAUCCAAAAAUCAGUAUUUUGUGUUUGGAGUUAAUUUCCCCCAAAGCAAACGUCACUCCAAAACGUCUUGGAACGGGAAGGAGGAUGUGGAAGAAGGAUAAGAUCAAUGGGCUUUGAUCUAGAUUUCUGCUGUAAAAAAAAAUUAAAAGAUUCCACACUGGGUGUCUGUUAAUCCAGAAGCAGAAACGCAUAAAAUAUUGCUGGGGUGGGGGUUAUGAUUGCCUCUUUUCUCCUUGUUGAUUAUCUUGAGGUUUUUGUUUUUGGUUUUUUUAAAAACCUUUUUUAGAGGACAGACGACUAGAACUUUCUUAAUCUCCAGUCAGCAGAUCUGCCAGCUUCCCUGGCUGGGGAAUAAGGGAAUUGUGGCCUAUGCCUGUGGGAGACCCAGAAUGAUCAUAUGUAUUGAUGGCCCAGUGGCCUUUUGUGUUUAACAAAAAAAAAAA